AUGGGCCAUAGCAUGACAGCGCAAUACAGACACAUCAUGCGACAAGUAAUCACUCUGAUAUGUGCCCUCUCCAUCUGCAUGGCCUCCGUGGCGUGUCUCGUGAGAAUCCUCAAGCCCAGCAAGAACGACGGAAUGAACCAGCCGUACGUGCGCUACCCUGUCGAGUACGACGCGGAGCCCGUCUUGCUCAUGAACUCGUUCGCCAACGCAUUCAGCUUCCUCUCGAUGAUCAUGAUCGUCAACUGCACCCUGGUCCUGCUCUACAAAGGAGGCUACACCAAUGUCAUUAAGGCAUGGCUCAUGACGGGCUCCGGAGUGCUGCUCUUCGUGGUCACUUACUACUACAUGGGGCGGUGUGUGUAUUACUUCAACUUCCCCAUGGAUCAUCUCUCCUGUUCGUUCAUCGUCUGGAACAUCGGCAUGACCGGUAUGGGCACACUGUACUACAAGGGCCCGUUCGUUAUGCACCAGGGCUUCGUCAUUUACGUGUCAAUUUUGAUGGCCGUCGUUCUGGAAGAAUCGUUUCCAGAGUGGACGGCGUGGAUACUGAUGAUCCUCGUCUCGCUAUGGGACAUGUUCGCCGUGCUUUGCGUCAUCGGCCCUCUCCGGAUGUUAAUUGAGACAGCACACGAAAGGAACGAACCACUCUUUCCGGCACUCCUUUUUUCUACGUCUUCCGCGUGGUGUUAUGACCUCAGUGGUGUCGUCAACCUUGCCAGAGAGCCUUUGUCAAGCGUCCGACGAUUGCCACGCUCAGAAGACCUGCUCAUUCAAGGGUCUCAUAGCGCACUCCUGGAAGCCCCUGAAAGCCUAAGAAACUCCAUCCUUCAAGUGCCAACUCGGAGUUCUUCCCCGGGGUCUCCGGACGGAAGUUCAGCAGCGCAAACACCAACUAACGCCGAAAAACUUCCGAGACGCCUGCUUAACUUCAGAGGCUCUACCAACACAGAAGACUCGUUCGUGGUGUCCCGCAUGAAAGCUAUUCAGGAGAUACGACGCCAAGAAGAUGUCUUAUGCUCACAUCAUCAUCAUCACACGCAUCAACCACGCCAUCACCGUCAGCGCCGCCAAGAUGCCGCCGCGCCGGAAGACACGGGCAUGAAGAUGGGCCUCGGUGACUUCAUUUUUUACAGCAUCCUGGUAGGCAAGGCGUCAAGACACGGCACGGUGUCCGCGGUGGUCAUCUGCUACAUCUAUGUUGUCAUCGGCAUUAUUCUCACCCUGGCGUUGCUCGUGAUCGCUCAGAAGCCGGUGCCAGCCUUGCCGUUGUCUAUCAGCUUGGGCAUGUUUGCAUAUUUUUCGACGAUUUCUUUCGUAGAACCAUUCAUGGAAGAAACUGGGGUUCUGUCACUAUAG